AUGUUGGAGUUUGAUUUUGUUGUUUUCGACAUGAUGGGUUUUGACGUCAUUCUUGGGAUGGACUGGUUAUCUUUCUUUCGGGCCACGAUUGAUUACUUCCGUGGGCGAGUGUCUAUUUGCACUCCCGCGGGGGAUUGUUUUCACUUCAUGGGAGAUCGGAGCGAUUCCCACCCGAUGAUGAUUUUCAGCAUCGGUGACUGGAGUUGCCACAGGUCCUACUUGGCUAGCCUGUUAGUUGACGAGGGUAGCAGUCUAGGCCGUGUUUUUUCGACAGUUGUAGACGAGUUUCUGGAUGUCUUCCCGGAGGAGUUGACAGAACUCCCUCCUCUUCGGGAGGUUGUCUUUGCCAUCGAUGUCAUUCCCGGAACGAUGAUAGGAGAAGAGAGUUUUUGUCCACAAGAGAAUGAACAAGACACAAAGCUUGACGAAUUGAUGAGCAUGAUUGAAGCUCUGAGAAAAGAGAAUGCGGAAUUUAGAGCCGGAAUGGAGCGUUGA